AUGAGCGACAGCAUCAUCAAAGAAAUUGAAGAAAUUGACCACUGGUAUCAAAAGCUCCACCACUCAAAACCGAAGCUGACAAAGCUCCAGUUCUACUUUCACGACACCAUUUCAGGGCCGGCUAAAACCACAGUCACGGUAGUCCCACCACCGGAGCCAUCCACCACCUUGUUUGGGCAAAUCAACAUGUUUGAUGACCCGUUAACCAUGGGACCCGAACCCACAUCGAAGCUCCUGGGUCGUGCCCAGGGACUAUAUGCUUUCGCGUCCCAUGAUGAAAUCAGUUUACUUAUGGCUGUGACUUUUGUUCUUACGAGUGGCAAACACAACGGCAGCAGCUUCACCAUCUUGGGGCGCAAUGCAGUGGAGCAUUCCACGCGAGACUUUCCGAUCGUCGGUGGAACCGGACAUUUCCGAUUGGCGCGAGGGUUUGCGAUUGCACAGACUUAUCUUGUGAAUGCUAGUGUUGCUAUAGUGGAAUAUAAUGUUGCGAUUAUGCAUUAUUGA